GUCUCGACUCGCCCAUUCUUGCUAGGAACGACGUGUUUAUCCGCCUACCUUAUCUACAGGGGCGAAUGCAGCCGCCCUAACAGCUGUCUGUCCUUACUGCUCUGCGGCAGAUCUCCUGACGUCGACAUAGGAGUGCGCCUGUCGGCCCGCCGCUAGCGCUGCACUCCAGUGACAUCCGCUCAUUCCCCCUCGUCAGGAUUAUGCCAAUCACAGCCCUGAUACGUUUCGCUGUUCCGCACUGCUCUCUACGUGUGUUGUCACUGCCUUGACUGAUGACUCUUAUGACGAGAUAGGAGCCCACCCGAUGUUUGACACAAGCCAUGCGAACCUGCCGGGCUGGAGUGGAUUCAUUCAGGCUCUGCAUUCUGCACUGCGGCGAAGAGGUGACCGCAGAAUGAUUCCUCAUGACUAGUCCAGGGGCUGGGACAAUUGGGUCUAGCAUCCCCCCAAUUGUGGCUGUCUGGUUGUAUCUCAGAUGGCUGCUCUGCUCGCACUGCCCUCUCUUGUUCUUCUCAAGCGCCGGCCAUACAUAAGGCGCUGCUCGCUACGGGGGCUUUUUCCCCUCCCACGUCCUCCGUCAAACGUCCGCUUACAUCGACGGCUCGGAGCCACACAUCUCGCCCUCCUGACGCACGCUGUAGUCACUGCCACGCAAGGUACACUCUCCCUCGCCGAUCCUCUUUUUCGCGGCGGACGCCGAAAGAGACACGUGUAGACGCCCUGAUAUACAGCGCUGUCCGCUCGCUCAAAUUCUUCGUGGGGAGUUUUGCUUCGCUCUCCCAUCACGUAUCCAGCUUUCCAUCACCGGUCGCGGCCGUCUCUACAGGUUCCAGUCCCAUCUGCGAUGCCCGGCCUUACCCUUGCACCUAUAACAGUGCCCCCCGUCACACUCCGGAAGCGCACUAUGUCCUUCUCGAGCCCCCAGCCGACCAAGGCUGCGCGCCAGCUCACCCGGUCAGGAUCCUAUAUCUCCCUUGCAGAUGUGCAGGGCCGACAGUCACAACCCAGAGCGGGACCUUCUUACCACAAACACGACAGCACAUCUCUCGAAGCAUACAAACGACUACCCCGCCAGCCUACCAAAGAGCCGCGCGAGCGUCGAAAAUCUGCCCCACGGAGCUGCUCCAGCGAGCGCGUAACGAUCAGCCCGAAAGUGCCACGUCCUCCAUCUCCGACUCCGCCUCCGUCACGCCCUGUGCCCAUGAACGGGCUGCGCAGUCCCUCGCCGCUCGCAGCACCACCGAUCCGCGCAGUCCCCGCUGCGCGCACACACUUUCCCCGCUCCAAACCGGAGCCCGACUUGUAUCGCGUGGCGAUAACGACGCGGAUGCGUCUGUCGCCCGAGGGCCAAAAGAUCCUGCACAUGGGUCCCAGGCUCGCCCUGUCGAUCUACAACGCGACGAGGGAACUCGAAAAGCUGGUUGCAUCUCAGCGCGAUGCAGAGGGGGACGUCGACAUGAUGGACGGCAGCGAUAGUCUGCUGGCUUCGUCGUGGGUUGCAGUUGGGGGCGAGGACUGGGAGAUGAUAGAUUGCUCAGCAUAGAAGGGCGGUUGGGAGGUGGUCCACUGUAGGAGACGGCAGGGAACCGGCUCCCCUUGGACACCCUACCGGAGCCCCAGAUGAAGAAACGAUACCCAGGAAUCGCCUUUCGCCAUGCAACCCGUUUUGCCUUGUUCGACCUAUCAUUAUCCCCUUCGUUCGCGUCACAUUCGUUUUGAUGGUGUAGGCCUCCGUUGUAGCGCCCGCCGCAUGGAUCAAAGACAUUGUAUCGCAUAGCAGUACUAGUAAAUUGUAAAACACUAACCUGUACACUCGUGGACGUUAUUGAUUAAUCCCUUGUGCCGUCCG